GGAGCCCGGGCUGCAGCCCCGAGUGCCGGAGCCUGCGAGCCCGCGAGCCAGCGAGCAGCGGCCGCCGCCUCCCCGGCCCACCGUGACCCCGGCGUCCCGGCCUGCGGCCCCGCUGAUUCCGGGGCCCGCGUGCCCCCGAGCAGGGAUGCAUCAUGGCCACGCUGGCUUGCCGGGUGCAGUUCUUGGACGACACAGAUCCUUUCAACAGCACCAACUUCCCCGAGCCCAGCCGGCCGCCGCUAUUCACGUUCCGCGAGGACCUCGCGCUCGGCACCCAGCUGGCCGGGGUCCACCGGCUGCUGCGGGCGCCGCACAAGCUCGACGACUGCACGCUGCAGCUCUCCCACAAUGGCACCUACCUGGACCUCGAGGCCACCCUGGCCGAGCAACGGGAUGAGUUAGAAGGCUUCCAGGAUGACGCUGGGCGGGGCAAGAAGCACAGCAUCAUCCUGAGGACACAACUCUCCGUGAGGGUCCAUGCCUGUAUCGAAAAACUGUACAACUCCAGUGGACGAGAUUUAAGAAGGGCCCUUUUCUCCCUGAAGCAGAUAUUUCAGGAUGACAAGGAUUUGGUGCAUGAAUUUGUGGUGGCUGAAGGUCUGACCUGUUUGAUCAAGGUGGGAGCUGAGGCAGACCAAAACUAUCAGAACUACAUCCUGAGGGCUUUGGGCCAGAUUAUGUUGUAUGUGGAUGGGAUGAACGGAGUAAUAAACCACAAUGAAACCAUUCAGUGGCUGUAUACUCUCAUUGGGUCAAAGUUCCGCCUGGUGGUGAAGACAGCCCUGAAGCUGCUGCUUGUCUUCGUGGAGUACUCGGAGUCCAAUGCGCCCCUUCUGAUCCAGGCCGUCUCUGCUGUCGACACAAAAAGAGGAGUCAUACCCUGGUCAAAUAUCAUGGAAAUCCUGGAGGAAAAAGAUGGGGUCGACACGGAGCUGCUAGUCUAUGCAAUGACUUUAGUGAACAAGACGUUGUCAGGAUUGCCAGACCAAGACACCUUCUAUGACGUGGUGGACUGCCUGGAGGAGCUGGGCAUUGCAGCUGUGUCCCAGCGGCACUUGAACAAGAAAGGGACUGACCUGGACUUAGUGGAGCAGUUGAACAUUUAUGAGGUGGCACUCCGGCACGAGGAUGGUGAUGAGACAGCUGAGCCACCACUCAGUGGGCGCCGGGACCGGAGGAGGGCCAGCAUGUGUUCCGGAGGCAGCGGAGCUGAGCACCGGGGCCUGGACCGCAGGCGGAGCCGCAGGCACUCGGUGCAGAGCAUCAAGAGUCCUCUGUCAGCUCCCACCAGUCCCUGCUCCCAGUCUGCUCCAGGCUUCCAGCCCUGUCAAGUGCGAGAUCUCCGUGAAAAAUACAACAACUUUGGCAACCACUCUUAUCACCCUUCAAGGCCUUCAUCUGGAUCCACUGCGCCUGCCACUUCCUCAUCAUCUCUUUCACUCCCACAGGAGGCCAGGCUGGAAAGGUCAUCACUGAGUGGUCUUCUCACAUCAUCCUUUAGGCAGCACCAAGAGUCCCUGGCGGCAGAGAGAGAGAGGCGGCGACAGGAGAGAGAAGAAAGGUUGCAGAGAAUAGAACGGGAAGAAAGGAACAAAUUCAGCCGAGAGUAUUUAGACAAAAGAGAGGAGCAAAGGCAAGCAAGAGAAGAAAGAUACAAAUACUUGGAGCAGUUGGCAGCUGAGGCGCAUGAGAAGGAACUGAGAAGCCGGAGCGCGAGCGGCAGCAGAGCUGACCUCUCCUUGGACCUGACCUCACCAGCAGCCCCUGCCUCCCCCGCCCCUCUAAGUCCAGGCCCUUCAUCUCUAGACUCACAAGAGGCUCUCACGGGAGCAUCCUCCUCCCCGGGAACACCUCAGCAUCCCCAAGCCAGCACUGGGGAUCCUGUGGCCGAACCAGGUGCAGAACCGGAACCAGAGGCAGAGGUGGGACAGGUGGCCGAUGAUACCAACCAAGAAGUAGCCCCUGCCCACGUAGGGACAGAGAGUGAAGUGGAGCAGGAGCCAGAAGAGCGAGCCUCCCUCAGUGAGAAAGAGAGGCGGAACGAGGAGGUGAACGAGAGGGACAACUGCUCUGCCUCCAGCAUCUCUUCCUCCAGCAGCACCUUAGAGAGGGAGGAGAAGGAGGACAAGCUCUCCAGGGACAGGGGAACUGGUUUGUGGUCUGCGGGUGUCCAGGAUGCCAGUGUAAAUGAACAGUGCGGCGACAUCCUCACCAACAAACGGUUCAUGCUGGACAUGCUGUAUGCCCAUAACAGAAAGCCCACCGAUGAGGAGGAGAAGGGCGAGGGCGAGCCCGCGGGGACUGAGCAGGGGGCGGAGGCGGUGGCCAGCCUGGCCAGCAGGAUAUCCACGCUGCAGGCCAACUCUCUGGCCCAGGACGAGAGCGUCAGGAGGGUGGACGUUAGCUGCCUGGACAAUCGGGGCAGCGUGAAAGCUUUUGCGGAGAAAUUUAACAGCGGGGACCUAGGGAGAGGGUCCACCUCCUCGGACACCGAGCCCAGUGACAAGGUCACGGAGAAAGCAUCCACACAGUCCAAGACGGAAUCUGACUACAUCUGGGACCAGCUCAUGGCCAAUCCAAGAGAGCUCAGAAUCCAAGACAUGGAUUUCACUGACCUGGGGGAGGAGGAUGACAUCGACGUCCUGGAUGUGGACCUGGGUCACGGGGAUGCCCCAGGACCGCCUCCCCCGCCCCCACCUACCUUUCUGGGUUUGCCGCCCCCGCCCCCUCCGCCCUUGUUGGACAGCGUGCCUCCCCCUCCAGUCCCCGGUAAUUUAUUGGCUCCUCCUCCAGUAUUCAAUGCUCCUCAGGGCUUAGGGUGGCCCCAGGUACCCAGGGGUCAGCCGGCAUUCACGAAGAAAAAGAAGACGAUCCGUCUGUUCUGGAAUGAAGUGCGGCCUUUCGAGUGGCCGUGUAAGAACAACCGCCGCUGCAGAGAAUUUCUAUGGUCAAAACUGGAACCUAUUAAAGUGGACACUUCGAGGCUGGAGCACCUGUUCGAGUCUAAAUCUAAGGAAUUGUCCGUCUCAAAGAAAACCGCUGCAGAUGGAAAAAGGCAAGAGAUCAUCGUCCUGGAUUCCAAGAGGAGCAAUGCUAUUAAUAUUGGGCUGACAGUACUGCCCCCUCCAAGAACGAUUAAGAUAGCCAUUUUGAAUUUUGACGAAUAUGCCUUAAACAAAGAAGGAAUUGAGAAAAUUCUAACCAUGAUCCCUACAGAAGAAGAGAAGCAGAAAAUCCAGGAGGCUCAGCUGGCCAACCCCGAGGCACCGCUGGGCAGCGCAGAACAGUUCCUCCUCACGCUCUCCUCCAUCAGUGAGCUCUCAGCUCGUCUCCACCUCUGGGCCUUCAAAAUGGAUUAUGAAACUACAGAAAAGGAAGUGGCAGAACCACUUUUGGACCUGAAGGAAGGAAUAGACCAGUUGGAGAACAAUAAAACCUUGGGCUUUAUCCUGUCUACUCUCUUAGCCAUUGGGAACUUUCUAAAUGGAACUAAUGCCAAAGCGUUUGAGUUAAGCUACCUCGAGAAGGUUCCAGAAGUCAAAGACACCGUGCACAAGCAGUCACUUCUUUAUCACGUGUGCACCAUGGUGGUGGAAAACUUCCCAGACAGCUCUGAUCUGUACUCAGAGAUUGGGGCCGUCACCAGGUCAGCCAAGGUUGACUUUGAUCAACUUCAGGAUAAUUUAUGUCAGAUGGAGAGAAGAUGCAAAGCUUCAUGGGAUCACCUCAAGGCAAUUGCAAAACAUGAAAUGAAACCAGUUUUAAAACAACGAAUGUCAGAGUUCCUCAAAGACUGUGCAGAGCGAAUUAUAAUUUUAAAGAUUGUCCAUAGAAGAAUAAUUAACAGGUUCCAUUCCUUUUUGCUCUUCAUGGGGCACCCACCUUAUGCAAUUCGGGAAGUGAACAUAAACAAGUUCUGCAGGAUCAUUAGCGAAUUUGCGCUGGAAUAUCGCACCACCAGGGAAAGGGUUUUGCAGCAGAAACAGAAGCGGGCCAACCACAGAGAGAGAAAUAAGACCAGAGGGAAGAUGAUCACUGAUACUGACGAAGAGGAUGAAGUUGAGUCUGGCAAAUUCUCCGGCAGUCCUCCGGCACCUUCGAGCCCACCCCAGGGCCUGAGCUAUGCCGAAGACGCCGCUGAGCACGAGAACAUGAAGGCUGUGCUGAAAACCUCAUCCCCUGCCAUGGAGGACGCCACCCCGGUGCUGGGUGUCCGCACCCGCAGCCGAAUGAGCCGAGGAUCCACUAGUUCGUGGACUAUGGGCACCGAUGACUCACCUAAUGUCACGGAUGAUGCAGCUGAUGAGAUCAUGGACCGCAUCGUCAAGUCGGCCACCCAAGUGCCCAGUCAGCGAGUGGUGCCUCGGGAGAGGAAACGCUCCCGGGCCAACCGGAAAUCCCUGCGGAGGACGCUGAAGAGCGGCCUGACCCCAGAAGAAGCCAGAGCCCUGGGCCUGGUGGGCACCUCGGAGUUGCAGCUGUGACACCCGUGGGCACCCUAAGAAGUGUGCCUGAACAGAGUGCAUGCUCCUGCUGGACAGAGCCCCUUCCCUGGGGGCAGGGAGACUCUACACGAACAUCUGGAGGUCCUGAAGGGGAGUGCCCAUUUCUCUGUGUCACCGCGUGGCUGUGUUGCGUGCUGUGCUCUGACAGGAAUCUAUUGGAGUCUCCGUUGUGUACUUUCUUCAUUGUGUCAGCUGUGUUUCUCUUGUUUCCGUGAUACCUGGUUUAGUAGUUCCAAAGUGUGACACCUUUUCUGUGCAAGGAACAGCCCUUUUAAGGAGCAAAUCACUUCUGUCACAGUUACUAUGAUCGUAUGAGGCAAUUGGAUUAGAUUCACAGACUGGGUCUCUCCGUAACACCAAAAUAUCCCAAUGUAAACUCCAAAAUUGUACACAAAAGAAAGCACAGAUUGUUUACCAGUUGUGGAUUUUAGAUGUACUAAAUGUUUAUAUGAAUUCAUAAAUGUACACCAUGUCUCAAAUACUAAAUAAAGAGUUUAAUGUCAUAA